CUCGCUGGAUCCCGUCACUGGGUCCCCGGGUCCCCGCCCCGCUGGUGCCUGCCCGAGGCCGGCGAGCGAGCGCCUGAGCCCGCGGCUGCAGGAUCGGGGCCGCCCCCCCAGCGCCAUGGCCGAGUUCCCAGCCAAAGUCCGCACCCAGACCAGCACCCCGGCGGGGGCGCACGGCCCGGCCCGCAGCGCGCUCCCCAGCCUCGCCCUGGAUCUCGGCUUCCUCCGCUCCUUCCUCGGGCUGCUCAUGAUGGUGGAGCUGGUGCUUGGGUUGCUGGUGUGGGCUCUCAUUGCCAGUACAUAUUACCAACCCAUUCCCGCAUAUGGCUGGGUGAUGUUUGUAGCCGUCUUUUUCUGGCUGAUAACAGUCAUUCUGUUUGUGAUGUAUCUACUGCAGCUUCAGAUGAAGCUCCACAUGAUCCCCUGGUCUGUUGUGUUAGUGAUAUUCAACGCAGCUGCGACUGUCCUGUAUGUGACUGCGUUUAUUACGUGCUCCGCCGCCGUUCAGUCUCUAAUCCGGCUGCCUGGAGACUACGAUAAAAGAGCAGCUGCAUCAUUCUUUGCCUGCGUUGUGAUGAUAGCUUAUGGGGCGAGUACUUUCUUCAGCUUCCAGGCAUGGAAAGGAUUUGGCAGCAAUGCAGCAACCAGUCAAGUGACUGACUAACUACCCCUAAGGACUGAGUCUCUUGAAGGCAGUUUACAGUUGAUGGUAGGGGUGGGAGGGCUCACUGGAUUUGCAUUGAGCGAGGGAGCCUUUCAUCACUAGGCCUCUCAUUCAGAUCAACCUAGGUCAGUAGUGGCUGAAAGUCAUGACUGGUCAAUAGUUGUUUGGUGGCCUACGUGAGGGCUGACAUAGUCUUUUAAUGCAGCUUACAGUGAAUAAGUGUCCACGGCCCAAAACCCACCACAACUGGCAUCCCUGUGUGGUGAAAGACUGACUUGGGAGACUGAAGUCCCUGGAAUUGGUCUCUUCAUGUCAAAGUAGCUUAGGGAUGGGGUCCUCAACUUUCUUCUUGCUGAGCCCUCCCCCGCCUUCCCCCCAACAUGCUAUAAAAACUCCACAGCCCACCAGUGUCCCAACUGUUUUUCUGCAUAUAAAAGCCAGGGCUGGCGUUAGGGCGGUAGCAAGCAGGGAAGUUGCCCAGGGCGCCACGCCACAGGGGCCCCGCAAAGCUAAGCUGCUCAGGUUUCGGUUUCAGCCCCGGGUGGCAGGGCUCAGGGCUUCAGCCCUUCACAGCAGGGCUUCGGCUUUCUGCCCUGGAUCCCAGUGAGUCUAACAUUAGCUCUGCUUGGCAAAGCACUUAAAAUCUGCUCACAGCCCCCCAGGGGGCUCCGGACCCCUGGCUGAGAACCACUGAUUUACGGGAACUGUAUCCGUGGCCUCCCUAGGGUGCAGCAGUUCUGCCAUCCAGAAGACUUCAGUCAUCCAGGCCGGCCAAUCCAGCACAUUUCACUGGCACUAAAUUCCCUGAAAAACAAACCAAGACUCUUCCCCCAGCCACUUGCAGCUCUACUGUAAAUAAUGUAAAACUAACUCUUCGGUCAGAGCAAGGGUGGAGUUGUGGGAAUGGAAGUUAGGCAAUGGUACGAGAUUGCAACCAUUAUUUUAUCGAUUUCUAAAAUUUGAAGUACAAAUUGUAUAUUAUAAAUAAAAAUCUUUCUAAACCCAA